AUGGAGCAUCAUCCCCUUUUGAGCAUUAGUGUGCCUUCUCUUAAGAGUUUAGUCUUGCGUAGUAGUAAACCAGUGAACAUAGAUGCAAACUGUUAUUGUUGUAAAGUACCUCUGAAGGCAAACGAUAUUACUAAUACAUUUACGAUAGACACUCCUUCUCUGGAGUGCUUGGACAUUGUUGAUCAUCAUAGUUGGUUUUGUGUCAUUGAGAACAUGCCUAAGCUUGAAACGGCACAUGUUGACGUCACUUACUGUGUUCGUGGGAAUACUCUGGGGUCUCUUACUUCAGCCAAGCGUCUCUCUUUAUGUUUACCAACUUCAAAGCAUGCAUAUCCUGUUGGUAGUGUAUUCCACAAUCUUAUACAUUUAAAGAUAUGCACAUGCGAGACAGAAUGGUUGAAUCUACUCAUUCGUGUGCUCAAAGAUUCCCCUAAUUUACGAGCUCUCAAACUCGAACAGUGCCAUGAUAUUCACAAACAUGAAGUGCGGCCGCAGUGGAGAGAGCCGAGUCAAGUUCCUGAAUGUAUCUUAUGGAGGCUUGAGACUUUUGAAUGGGUGUCAUAUGAAGGACUAGAUAGAGAUUACGAGAAGGAAGUAGCAUUGUUUAUAUUAAGAAAUGCAAACUCUCUAAAGAAGGCAACUAUUAUCUCCUCUGAAGACGUUCAUCACCGUGACAAACUUGAGAUGCUCAAGGAGUUGUCAUCGUGUCCAAGGGCUUCACGUACUUGUGAGCUUCUAUUUUCUUGA